AUGUCAGCAGCAGCUGGGCUCAUCAGCAUAGUCAACAAAGCAGCAAAUCUUGGCUCCUUCAUUUCCCUCAUUUUGUGGUGCAUCAUUUGCAGCUGGAUAAUCACAUUCCAAGACUUCUACACUUGCUUUCGUCGCGUUUUCCAUCUCUUUUCUUAUCUCCUCCUCGACUCGUGGAAGCGUUCCCACCAUCAUUCACGUAACGUUUCGACCCCAGAACGGGUGUGUUGCGCUGGGAACGAUGUUAGUAGGGACGAUGUCGAGGUAGUGAUGGAGAAGUUAGGGCUACUUAGAGGGCAAAGGGCUGAAGAGCAGAUCACAAUGUUAUCAGAGUGUUCACUUGAGAGUGUUGUGAAUGUGUUUGAUGGGGUGGAGCCUAGUUUGGGUGAAUUGAGGGAAGCAUUUGAGGUGUUUGAUGAGAACAGUGAUGGUUUUAUAGAUGGAGGGGAGUUGAGGAGAGUGAUGAGUUGUAUUGGGUUGACAGGUUUUUCGGAAGAAGAGUGCAGGAGGAUGAUAAUGGUUUUUGAUGAUAAUUGUGAUGGGAAGAUUGAUUUUGGUGAGUUUGUGAAGCUCAUGGAGGAUUGUUUUUGUUGUUGUUGUUAA